AUGCGGAAGGCGGCCACCCGCGGAAAAAAUCAAUAUUCCUACCCAACCGCAUUGAUUUUAUCCGUAUUUUUGGGAUUUUUCGGAAUCGAUCGAAUCUAUUUGGGAUAUUAUGCUGUGGGGUUGUUGAAGAUGUUCAGUUUGGGUGGAUUGUUCAUUUUUUGGCUUUUUGAUGUGGUUUUAAUUGCCUUGCAAAUUCUAGGACCUGCUGAUGGUUCACCAUAUUUUAUGCCGUUUUUUGGACCGAAAAUUGCGCCGAUUUCGGAAGCUUAUAAUUUGACGAGUUUUUUGUACAUAUAA